AUGCCUGAAAAAUCUGUGGAUGAGAAAAUGCUGGAGAGCUUGGAGGCCUUGCUGCCCAAGCUUUCUGGUGUGCAGCGAGAAAGUGCUCAAUAUAGAAUAAACAUGCUGAAGAGUAAGAUAUCCAAAAUAAGUAGCCAAGAAAACAUCAAACUGGAGCAGGUUGUUACGACCUACGAAUUUUCGCAAAAACUGAAGAAAGAGAAUAACCUGAUCGAUGGAUAUAACAAAAUAAUGGCAGUAGACGAUAGCAUGAAAGACACGCUGAUGAAGAAAAAGCAGUUUUGCGAAAAAAAGAUUGCUUUGCUCAACAGCGAAAUGAAGAAGCUUGGCAGCACUGGAGAUGACAUCGUUGAGAAAGGCAUCGGAAGAAAAACGAAUGGUACCGUCAAAUUUAACAUCGUUAACUUUGUGUCGGAUCCUCUUUUUGAAUGCUGCUGGAUCGAUUUUUAUGUUGACUCAGAGAUAAAAAUUUCUGUGGAUGUGUUUGAAGUAAAAGAACAAUCGAGAAAAGAAAUUACGAUAGGGAUGCAGAAUAACAGGGACUUUGAAAUAAUAUUGAGGGGAAGGAACGAAGUCUUGCUGGGUAUGAUGUUCUUCUCGUGCGAAUAUCUCAUGAACUACAAGACUAAAAAGAAGGUCACGUUCGAAUUUAUGCAAAGCGCCGAUCUUGAAUGUGAGAUACAAUUUCAGCGAGACAUCAAGCUCAUACGUAAAAAUGCAGAGAUAAUCUGUGUGUACAGGGACGGGCAUGCUCUUGAGAACUACAAGACAAUUACGCCGUUUUACUGUGCUGUAUGUGACAAUAUAGCAACUUUCAUGGAUGCGUACCGCUGCUAUAAGUGCCGAAUUACCUGCCACAAGAAGUGCUCGAAUUACAUUUUGUUCUACUGUGUGUUCGCGCCUGAAGUAGAGCAGGCCAAGCUUGUCAAGCGGUAUAACAUACCACAUAUUCUGGAAGAUGAAAAUGCAAGCGGAUUCAGGUAUUGUGGCCAAUGCGGCACACGCAUAAGAUUAGGAGAGCCGUGUAAGGUCUGUAAAAGGUGUAAUAAGCGGUUUCACGAGACAUGUGCAAGUUUCUUGCCCAAGUCGUGCGGCAUUGCUCUGGACCUACGUAUCACAAUGGCAGACUUCAAUCCACCCGUACAUGUUUCUGAGAAGGCCGGGACGCGGCAUUACAUCAGCGAUUUUUCGCUUGUGAAGGUGCUUGGCAGAGGCGCAUUUGGAAAGGUGAUGCUUGUGAAGAAAGGCAAAACAAUGAUAGCCAUGAAAAUCUUGAAGAAAGAGGUUAUUGUCAAUUGCAAUAAUAUACAUUAUCUUGAGCUAGAGAGGCACAUUCUCCAGCUGGUCUCGAAAGCUGAACAUCCCUUUCUGAUGCAGAUGCUGUAUUGCUUCCAGGAUGACCAGAACGUCUACUUUGGCACAGAGUUCCUCGCUGGUGGCGAUCUUUUUCACUACGCGGCCACCCACAGAUUUACGCACGCACAGAUAGAACUGUACGUGUGCGAAAUAUUGCUGGGUCUUGAGUAUCUGCACACGAAGAACAUCAUAUACAGAGACAUGAAGCUGGACAAUGUGCUGAUAUGUGCGGACGGGCAUGUUAAAAUAGCGGAUUUUGGACUGUGCAAGGAUCAAAUUGGACCAGAAACCAUGACAUUCACCUUCUGUGGAACCGCGGAUACGAUAGCACCGGAAGUAAUACUGGAGGGCGGAUACACCAAGGAUGCCGACUGGUGGUCGUUCGGUGUGGUAAUCUAUGAAAUGUACGAGAACGAAUGCCCCUUUAACGGAUCAACAACAGAGGAAAUAUCGGCAGAAAUCCUCCAUGGCACGGUAAAGUUUACAGAAAAUACUCCGAGCAACGCACGGGAUCUGAUACUGAGCCUAUUGCAGAAGGAGCCAAAUAAACGGAUAGGUCACGGAUCAAUUGAUGGGAAGGAAAUACGCAGUCACUUCUACUUCAAAGAUGUUAACUGGAAUGAUGUGAUGGAAAAGAAGAUAAAGCCUGAGUUCAUACCGCAAUCUAAUUUAAAAGAUAAUUUUGAUGAUGAAUUCAUUGACGAACCGAUCAUCAUUACACCGUGCAAUUCCAUACGAAGCUAUGACAGAUUUUUUACUAAUUUCAAUUAGCGGUACAGGUUUGUCAAUCAAAUCUGAGAGUGGUCACAGAAUGCUUGGUUUUUUGUGAAUAAGGUGCGGAGGUAUCGCUUACGUUUAAUCGACAGGAUUAAACCUGUUGAUAUUUUCAUGUUUUUGGGUGUUGUACACGUGCAAGCAUUUGUUGAUAAGGCUGUGAUCAAGUUUAAGGAUGGUUUCGUUUCUGUUAUGUUACAACGGCGCUUCCGCAUUGCAAUGCAUCAGAAACACCACAUGUUUUGUGUUCGG